UUGAUGGCAGUCAUUCACGUACGUGCCAACAAGUGUGCAUGAAAACACCAACUGGUGGUGUAAACAAACGCUGUUUUCUAUUUUUCGCUGUUAAGCGAUCGCUGGCUUACAACAGAACAAAAUGUUUAAAAUAUACAAGCCUUUAGCAGUUAAAAGACUACUGCGGUCUUCAUUAGGAAAUAUCACUUUGCAGAAAAAUAGUAUUUGUACCACCAGUCAUCUUCAUGCAAAGUUUUUUCCAAGUCCCGUUGAAGCUAUUAAAGAUAUCCCAGAUGAUUCAAAAUUGCUAGUUGGUGGGUUUGGUUUGUGUGGAAUUCCUGAAAAUCUCAUUGGAGCUUUAGUUGAACUUAAGAAAAAAGGACUGACAUGUGUGAGCAACAAUGCUGGAGUGGAUGAUUUUGGUCUUGGUCUUUUGCUACAAAACAAACAGGUUAAGAGAAUGAUCUCAUCAUAUGUUGGAGAAAAUGCUGAAUUUGAACGCCAGUUUUUGAGUGGAGAGUUAGAGGUUGAGCUCACUCCACAGGGAACAUUGGCAGAAAGGGUCCGAGCUGGAGGUGCUGGUGUUCCGGCCUUUUUUACACCAACCGGAUACGGUACAUUGAUUCAUCAUGGCAAUGCGCCAAUCAAGUAUAACCCAGACGGAACAAUAGCAAUUGCCAGCAAACCCCGUGAGGAAAGAGAAUUCAACGGAAGGCAUUAUAUCAUGGAGGAAGCUAUUGUAGGAGAUUUUGCACUUAUCAAAGCAUGGAAGGCUGAUCGACUGGGCAAUCUAAUAUUCAGAAAAUCCGCGAGAAAUUUCAAUGCACCAAUGGCCAAGGCUGCCAAAGUUACUAUUGCCGAGGUUGAAGAGAUUGUCGAAACUGGGGAAUUCAGGCCAGAAGAUAUUCAUAUUCCAAGUGUCUACGUAGACAGAGUCAUUCUAGGGGAGAACUACCAAAAGAGAAUUGAGAAAUUAAAAGUACGGCAUGAAGGUACAACUUCCAAACCAAAAUCACCUGCAGCCGAAAUGAGGGAAAGGAUUAUCAAAAGAGCUGCUCUUGAAUUCAAAGACGGAAUGUACGCCAACUUAGGUAUCGGUAUGCCAAUGCUUGCCAGUAACUACAUUCGACCGGACAUAACUGUUCAUUUGCAAAGUGAAAAUGGCAUUCUUGGAUUGGGACCUUUCCCAAAGCAAGGCGAAGAGGAUGCGGACUUGAUAAAUGCAGGUAAAGAAACUGUCACAACAUUGCCAGGAGGUGCCUUCUUUUCAAGUGAUGACUCAUUUGCAAUGAUCAGGGGUGGCCAUAUUGAUUUGACAAUCCUUGGAGCAAUGCAAGUUUCUGAGUUCGGUGAUGUUGCCAACUGGAUGAUUCCGGGAAAAAUGGUCAAAGGAAUGGGGGGAGCUAUGGAUUUAGUCUCAAGCAAGGACACAAAAGUGAUUAUAACUAUGGAACAUUGCGCCAAGGGUGGAACGCACAAGAUUCUUGAAGAAUGCACGUUGCCAUUAACUGGGAAAGGAUGCGUGAAUAUGAUCAUCACUGAAAAGGCGGUUUUUGACAUUGAUCCGGACGAUGGCUUGAUACUGAAGGAGUUAUGGCCUGGAGUGACGGUCCAAGAAAUCCAAGUUGCGACUGGCUGCCAGUUCAGAUUGGCAGAUCAAUUAGAGGAAAUGGGACAAAUCGAGUAUUGAAAAGCAGAUUCUUGACCUCAAAAUUUUGAUAGUGAGUGAAUAGAUUAUGAGACGUUUUGGAUCUAGUUUGAGGAGACAUCUUAUGUUGAAUUUAGGACACAAAGUGACACUAUUUAUCAAACCUGACGUAAUUACACCUCAAAUCACCCUGUCGUCAAACAAGAAAACUUUGUUAAAUUCUGAAUUUUUGGCAUUUUAUCAUUAAGAAAUUGAAUGUUAGCAUUACUAUAUGGCUUUUUACCUUUAAGAGA